AUGUCUUCUGAAAAAAAGCAAUUUUCCACAUCUGACCGAGUAAAAGAAGUCAAGCCUAACAUUUGGGUAGAAUUCACGAGCUUAGCAGUGGAGUGCAAUGCAGUAAAUAUUGGACAGGGUUUUCCUGAUACUCCAGCGCCCGAUUUUGUGGUAAAGAUGCUGGAAAAUGUUACCAAACAUCCAGAAAGGACUGAUUUCCAUCAGUACACUCGAAGUUUCGGUCAUCCCAAAUUGGUACAUAUUUUACUUUAUUCAAGAACAUUAGGUGUUGAUGUUGAUGCACAGCAAAAUGUUUUGGUGACCGUUGGCGCAUAUCUUUCAUUAUAUUAUGCAUUUAUGGGCUGGUUAAAUCAAGGCGAUGAAGUGAUUGUAAUUAAUCCGGCAUUUGAUUGCUAUGUACCACAAAUCCUUAUGGCAGGUGGAAUACCUGUGUCAGUUGUGCUUGAAUUACCGUCAGAAUUCAGUAGCAGUGCAGAUUACACACUGGAUCUGAAAGCACUGGAAGCAAAAAUCAAUCAACGGACGAAAAUGAUUGUUAUUAAUAAUCCUCAUAAUCCGACUGGGAAGUUGUUUACAUUGAAAGAACUGGAGGGUAUAGCUGACAUUGUUCAACGCCAUAAUUUAUUAGUUAUAGCGGAUGAAGUAUAUGAAUGGCAUGUUUAUGGAGGCAAAAGAAUGCAUCGUUUUGCCAGUUUACCGAAUAUGUACGAACAUACAAUAACUGUUGGUAGUGCUGGAAAAGCAUUUAGUGUUACUGGAUGGAAAUUGGGGUGGUCUGUUGGUCCAGCUAAACUUCUUGAACCGCUAAGACGAAUUCAUCAAAAUUGUAUCUUCACUUGUCCAACUCCUAUCCAAGAAGCUGUAGCUGAAGCAUUUGAAAAAGAAAUGGACAUUAUGCAAAGUAAUCCAACAGAAAGUUACUUAAAGAACGGAAUAACAUUAAAUUUAAUGGAAAAAAGAGACCGAAUGGCAUCAAUACUGCAGGAAGUGGGAAUGAAGCCUGUCAUUCCUGAUUCUGGCUAUUUUAUGGUGGCAGAUUUUUCAAACAUAGAUGGUCCAUUCAAGUUGGCAAAUAAUACUGGUGAUCCACUAGAUUUCCGUUUUGUGCGAUGGUUAUGUCGUGAAAAGAAACUCGCAGUGAUUCCAAAUUCAGCGUUUUAUGAUAAUGAAAACAAACUGAAAAACGAUCGUUUUGUUCGCGUUUGUUUUUUUAAGUCUGAUGAAGUGCUGGAUGCUGCCGAAGCAAUACUAAGAUCAUUUUGA